CUAAACGUGUUCGUACUCUUUAACUCGUGAAAAUGACUGGUCGUGGUAAGGGAGGAAAAGGGUUGGGAAAAGGAGGAGCCAAGCGCCAUCGUAAGGUUCUUCGUGAUAACAUCCAGGGAAUCACUAAACCAGCGAUCCGUCGUCUGGCUCGUCGUGGUGGAGUCAAGCGUAUCUCUGGUCUGAUCUACGAAGAGACCCGUGGAGUUCUUAAAGUCUUCCUUGAAAACGUUAUCCGUGACGCCGUCACCUACACCGAGCACGCCAAGCGUAAGACCGUCACCGCCAUGGACGUCGUCUACGCCCUGAAACGUCAAGGCCGUACUCUUUACGGUUUUGGAGGUUAAUUUCAUCAUUCGACUCUGCAAAUAUUAAACAAACCAAACGGCCCUUUUCAGGGCCACCAAAUUUUUUACACGUGAAAAAUACUCAAGUUGAAAUUCUUACAUUACUAAACAAAUAGUAAUUGUUCCUUAGUAUCCUAAUUUUAAAUUAUCCACUCAUUAACAUUUAAUUUAUUCUUCUAUUAAACAUUAUUAUAAAUCAUCAAAUUUUUUUUUGUCUCUGAUAUAUCGCCGCUUGUUAACUGCAUAUCUGUAUCUAAUAAUUAAUGACUCCAGUCAUCUUAUCCUUCAUAGAAAACAUAAAUGGAGUCAUUACUUAAUUAAAUUACUAAAUAUCAGUAGUAAUUUGACUAUUUUUAGGGUUCGUUUUACAACAAAGCUGCUGAGGUCACGCCUUCUAUCAGCUGUUGCAGUGAUACCAACUUUUAGACGCUAAAUCUCAUUCUAUUGUCAUCAAUAAAUAUUUGUAGUGACUUCUACUGCAUUUUAUAUUUUAUUAGACUGUAAUAUUUUAUCUGUCACUAAUUUUUCUAAUAUAAUAACAAUAUCCACUGCGUUAAAUUUAUGAACAAAUAUCGAACAUCUUAACGGAAAUUGUCCUAACUAGGGAUGACAACUUAAUAAAAUUAUUUUUUUUAAUCAUUAAGGCUCA